CUAAUUUAAACUAACAGUUUCCCUUUGCUUCCAAUCUUUGUGCUAAGCUAUGCUAACAGUUUUUCUUGGCUUCCAGUCUUUGUGCUAAGCUAUGCUAACAGUUUCCCUUUGCUUCCUGUCUUUGUGCUAAGCUAUGCUAACAGUUUCCUUUUGCUUCCAGUCUCUGUGCUAAGCUAUGCUAACAGUUUCCCGUGCUUCCAGUCCUUGUGUAAAGCUCAUUCUGUCUUCUAUCAUCAUGACUUGCAGCCAUGUGGAGCCGUCUAAGGACCAUCCUCCCCUCCCCUAAUUGUCUACCACCCCGCUGGUGCUCAGGUUUUGUCUCCAGGAUGAGGUACAUGAACCGGCUGAAGGAGGAUGACACUGCGUGUCUCUCAGCUUUGCACAACGGUCAGAUUUUCCUCUUCCACCAUUUGUCUCCUUUGCUGCAAUGCACUCAGAGAGGGACCCUCAGGCCGGCAGCCCUCGCCACCUCAGAUGUGCAGUCAGUCCUGGAGAGACUUGGUUCAGAUGGUUCCCUGGUGAAGAAGUCAGUUCUGGUCAGCUGUUUGGAGCAGAACCAAGCUCAGUUUUGUCUGGAUGUCGGGGAACUGGAUCAGGUGUCAGUAGAAGAAGCGUGUGAGGGAAAAUUCCUCGACCUGAGGAAAUCUUUAUUUCUGCUGACAACAGCAGAGGCGCCCAUACUGGCCAAGGGUCAGGCUCUGCUGCGCUGGCAUCAAACCAGCAGGUUCUGCAGUGCUACGGGUCAGCUGACCCACCGCAACCAGGCAGGCAGUCAGAGAGCUUGCAGCAGCAAUGGCAUCAUCUACUAUCCUAAGAUGUCUCCAGUGGUGAUCGUGCUGGUGUCUGACGGGAGGCGCUGUCUGUUGGGCCGACAGCCGGCCUUUCCUCUGGGAAUGUACAGUGCUUUGGCCGGCUUCUGUGACAUGGGUGAGUCUCUGGAGGAGGCUCUUUGCAGGGAGGUGGCAGAGGAGGUGGGUUUGGAGCUUCAGAGCAUCACCUACAGCUCCUCACAGCACUGGCCGUUCCCUCACAGCUCCUUGAUGUUGGGCUGCCACGCCACCGUUAGCCCCGCCCACACUCAGCUGCAGGUGGACCAUGCAGAGUUGGAGAAUGCUCGCUGGUUUAGUCUGGAGGAAAUCACAUCCGCCCUAAAGCUGCAGACUCCCCCCCAGAGGGGAGACUCCCCUGCUCUGUGGCUUCCACCAAAGCAAGCAGUCGCUCAUCGCCUCAUCACAGAGUGGACAAAGCAGCAGCUACUGAAGGACACCGACCAGAAUCAAAGACCAGGAUCCUGCUGAGACCCACCAGUCUGAUCAAAGCUCCAGUUAUGGAUCUACAGCUGGAAGCAUGUUUCAUUAUGGAGGCUUCCAGUAUCUGAUGAGAGGCUUUAAACGUUUCCAUGAAACCUGAACAACAUCACAUCAUGACCGUUCGUGCCCGAAUCAACAUGUAUAUGGACGGUUCUGUUUCACGAUGACCUGGUUAUUGCUAAUGUUCUGUUGGUCAGCAGCUGAGGACACUCAUCGUCCCCGACCAUUUUCAUCAUAGUGUUUAGUAUGUUGGUGUAAAACAUAUCUAUCUCUGAUAUCUACACUCUGACCUGAAGCAAAAUUACUGUAUUCACUGUUGAAAUCUACCGUGUCUGAGCUGCUUUAAGACCAGAAGUGUUUUGAUCCAAACACUCACACACAUCACACAUCCAAACACACCCCUAAACAACACAUGUAAACACAAAGCCAUAGUAUCUGUGAACAUGAUUAGACUGAGUAUUCAAGGGUUUACUCUCAAAAAGUAAAAUUUGUACAGAUUCACUUGUUGUCUUUGUUAUGAAGGUUUUAACAUCUCAAUGAAAACAGUUUCUUUAGUGGCACAGCAGAGGCCGUGGGGUCGUGGUAAAGUCCAGCUCCAUGUCCUCUGUUGCAUUCAGGACGCUCUCUGUUCGUCUUUGCAGGUCCGCGUCGAGUAGAGCUGCUCCAACCGUGAAUCGAUCCUGUUGAGAAAUAAUCCAUCACUGGAAUAAUCAAUCAUGAUUAAACAUGAAAUACUGAACAAGUGCA